AUGAUUGAGUCCAUGCGACUGACAGUCCCAAGUGCCUCACAUGAAGCUUACGCAGAAACUUGGGGUGAGGUUCUUUUUUGCUUGGAGUGUGUCUCCAAGUGGGCUGCGAGAGACGGAUCGUAUGGCGAUCGCGUCACCUUGCAGCAGAUGCAUGCGCUCCUGUUGUACGGUCAAUGGGAAGCAUGCCCUUUGGACUUAGAUCCUCACCCGAAGUUGCUGGGCUUCUGCCUGCUUCCCGCUGUCCUGCCUACGUGGCAGGGCGAGUGGGAAAAGAUGUUGGGAUGGGCGGCUGAACAUUGCAGCGGAAAGUGGACCAAGUGUCGGAAGCUCCUGAGUGUUUUGGCGUGGCAUUUGUCUAUGCGACAAGUGUGCCGGAAAGAAAUGGUCCGUUGCAUACCGAUUGUGGCAGAACGGAGUUUCGGUGAUGACUGCGAGUUGACUGCGCGAGGACAUGCCGCCGGCAGGGGAAUGACUGCGGAUGACUGCGGCUGCGCAGACUACCGUCCACGUAGGAAGGCGCGCACUACGUGUGCCGUCUCUGUGGCAAUGGGUACCCUGAGUCUUACCUGUUGGACGUGCUUAAACAUUCAACAGACGAUUCGUCGCAACCUUGGGACAACAGCCCCGCUGAGCGAGUUCACCACGGAAGAGACGCACUCUUUCUUUCAGAAGGUUGACGUGGAGGAACUUCCCCUCGGUGUCUACGAGGCACGGGGAUGGAAAACGGAAAUUGUGGAAAGAUUUCCGAAGGAAUGGAAUGCUCAAUACAACGAUUACAUCUACAAAGUUCCAGUGCGUACUAUGACGUGGGAAGAGGCCUAUGAGACUGUGAAGGAGACAAUUAUGCAAUUAGAAAAGGAAGCUGCCCAGAAAAGGGGUAAAAAAGACGGCAAAGGGGAAGCUGGGCCGAGCCUGGACUUGCCACGUGCAGGACCGGAGAGAAAGGAAGACAAGAGUGAGAAGAAGGCAGAGCGCGAAGCCGCUAGUCAAGCGAAAAAGAUUUCUACGGGAAAUCAGAAGAUUGCUUCGACAGCGGCUAACGCGUUGGGCCCCCUGAACUCGCUCGAAACAUCUUUGUCGAAAGUUCUGACCAAGGCUGACGCUGUGUCCCAAGAGGAUUCAGCUGCGAAGCAAUUGUGUCAGGAGACGCUCGAUAAAGCAAAGAUGUGGAAGCAGCGUGCACACGCCGCAGUGACGCGGCAUGAGCAAGACAAAGGGUCGGCAGGGCAAGUCGAAGCCUUGGAAACUUUACCGUUCGGGGCUACUGAGGUGAAGACGCUCUGCAAACAAGGCGCAGAAGCGACCAAGGAGUUGAAAGCGAGUUUCCCUAAGAGGGAAGCAAAGGCCAAAGCUGCCCCGAAGGAGGCUGCGCUGGCAGAGGGCGGCAAUGGUGCGGCCAAGAGACGACGCAUGAAAGGCCCCUGA